AGUAGGAAUCAGACAAUGGUGACUGAGUUCCUCUUCUCUAUAUUUCCACAUCUGCAUGAAGGUGGCCUCUUACUCUUUGUUCCCUUGCUUCUCAUCUAUGGAUUUAUUGUAACUGGCAACUUAAUGAUAUUCAUUGUCAUCCAAUUGGAUAUGGCCCUGCACACGCCCAUGUAUUUCUUCAUCAGUGUCCUUUCCUUCCUGGAGAUCUGGUACACCACAGCCACCAUUCCCAAGAUGCUCUCCAUUCUAGUCAGUGAGCAGAAGACCAUCUCCUUCGCUGGCUGCCUCUUGCAGAUGUACUUCUUCCACUCACUUGGAAUCACAGAAGGCUGUGUCCUGACAGCAAUGGCUGUUGAUAGGUACCUGGCUAUCUGCAAUCCUCUCCGUUAUCCAACCAUCAUGACUCCCAAAUUUUGUAUCCAGCUGACAGCUGGAUCCUGCCUCUGCGGCUUCCUUCUUGUACUCCCUGAGAUCGUGUGGAUUUCCACCCUGCCUUUCUGUGGCUCCAACGAAAUCCACCAGAUCUUCUGUGACUUCACACCUGUGCUGAGCUUGGCCUGCACAGACACAUCCUUGGUGGUCAUUGUAGACGCCAUCCAUGCCGUGGAGAUCCUGGCCUCGUUCCUGGUCAUUGCCUUGUCCUAUGUCCGUAUCAUCAUGGUGAUUCUGGGGAUGCCCUCAGCUGAAGGCCGUCACAAAGCCUUUUCCACCUGUGCUGCCCAUCUUGCUGUGUUCCUGCUCUUUUUUGGCAGUGUGGCUCUCAUGUAUUUGCGAUUCUCAGUCACCUAUUCGGUGUUCUGGGACACAGCAAUUGCUGUCUCUUUUGUUAUCCUCGCUCCCUUUCUCAAUCCCAUCAUCUACAGCUUGAGAAAUAAGGACAUGAAAGACGCUAUUGGAAAGUUUUUCCACUAUCAGAAGGGAGCUCAUGGGAAUAAGAGCUAA